AUGCCACUCUCGGAUGGCACCAAAGUGGCCAUGCACGUUGACGCCCUUGCCGUACUGGACGAUAUACGGCGAACAGGGCAACUCAUAGAAGAGUUCCGCUGGCUGAAGAAGCACGGUGGAAGCCGUGUGGCGCUGGUGCGACUGCGAUCAGAAAUCAAGAAACUUAAAGCGUCUCAAGCCAGUUUACUCGAGUCUCGAGGAAAAGGGAAAGAUCCGCACGGUGCACAGUACGAAACCUUCCAUGCAUCGCCAUCAUAUCGGGGUGAUGGAUUGAUUAUUACCCCGCGAUCACGCCCUGACAGACUCCAGCAGGAAGGGUUAGAGGCCCCUAUGCAUGUUGGAUGCACGCCCGAUGUAGACAGAAGGGGUGUAACGGAAAAACAUGGAAUAAUUGCAUUAGACCAUAAACAGUAUGAUAAGCCCAAUCAAGACAAAGAGAGGGUCUAUUUAAAACCACAUUUGUCCUCGACUCCUCCUAACCAGGACUACAAGAGAUAUUGCUCCGUUGUAUUUGCAGUUGUUCUGGCAGAGGCACACAUAAGACGUGAAAUUAUUCACAAAUACGAAAAACGUCGAUUAAAGCUUAUUAACCACUUCAAAGAAGGUUGCAUCAUCAUUGCAUUGUCAAAUAGACCACCAUACCUCCACGGUGUAUCAGGAACAUCAAACAGCAAUGUUGGCCCACGUCACGAGUAUUACCUUGUUUCAGAACCAAAUAAAGAACGCCAUUCAACAACAGUAAGAACCUCCAUAAUUCAGCACACCCACCGUACUAAUUCCUUUUCCUACAUCACGCAACAGGAGCUGUGUAUCCCGCCAAUCCAUUCUAUGCAAGACGAAAAUCUUAGCAAAACGAACUACGAAACAACGUACGAGAGCAAUACCCCAUACGAAAUAAGUCACACAGAAGCACAACAGAAACAAUGGGCCAUAAAAAAUGCCAACGAGGAAACUGCCAGACGGAAGGCUGCAGAGGAAGAAGCUGCCAGACGGAAGGCUGCAGAGGAAGAAGCUGCCAAACAGAAGGCUGCAGAGGAAGAAGCUGCCAGACGGAAGGCUGCGGAGGAAGAAGCUGUCAGACGGAAGGCUGCAGAGGAAGAAGCUGCCAGACGGAAGGCUGCAGAGGAAGAAGCUGCCAGAUGGAAGGCUGCGGAGGAAGAAGCGGCCAGACGGAAGGCUGCAGAGGAAGAAGCUGCCAAACAGAAGGCUGCAGAGGAAGAAGCUGCCAGACGGAAGGCUGCAGAGGAAGAAGCUGCCAGACGGAAGGCUGCAGAGGAAGAAGCUGCCAGAUGGAAGGCUGCGGAGGAAGAAGCGGCCAGACGGAAGGCUGCAGAGGAAGAAGCUGCCAAACAGAAGGCUGCAGAGGAAGAAGCUGCCAGACGGAAGGCUGCGGAGGAAGAAGCGGCCAGACGGAAGGCUGCGGAGGAAGAAGCUGCCAGACGGAAGGCUGCAGAGGAAGAAGCGGCCAGACGGAAGGCUGCAGAGGAAGAAGCUGCCAAACAGAAGACUGCGGAAGAAGCUGCCAGACGGAAGGCGGCGGAGGAAGAAGCUGCCAAACAGAAGGCUGCAGAGGAAGAAGCUGCCAAACAGAAGACUGCGGAAGAAGCUGCCAGACGGAAGGCGGCGGAGGAAGAAGCUGCCAAACAGAAGACUGCGGAAGAAGCUGCCAGACGGAAGGCUGCAGAGGAAGAAGCUGCCAAACAGAAGGCUGCAGAGGAAGAAGCUGCCAGACGGAAGGCUGCAGAGGAAGAAGCUGCCAAACAGAAGGCUGCAGAGGAAGAAGCUGCCAGACGGAAGGCUGCGGAGGAAGCUGCCAGACGGAAGGCUGCAGAGGAAGAAGCCGCCAAACAGAAGGCUGCAGAGGAAGAAACUGCCAGACGGAAGGCUGCAGAGGAAGAAGCUGCCAAACAGAAGGCUGCAGAGGAAGAAGCUGCCAGACGGAAGGCUGCGGAGGAAGAAGUUGCCAGACGGAAGGCUGCGGAGGAAGAAGCUGCCAGACGGAAGGCUGCGGAGGAAGAAGCUGCCAGACGGAAGGCUGCAGAGGAAGAAGCUGCCAGAUGGAAGGCUGCGGAGGAAGAAGCGGCCAGACGGAAGGCUGCGGAGGAAGAAGCUGCCAGACGGAAGGCGGCGGAGGAAGAAGCUGCCAGACGGAAGGCUGCAGAGGAAGAAGCUGCCAAACAGAAGACUGCGGAAGAAGCUGCCAGACGGAAGGCGGCGGAGGAAGAAACUGCCAGACGGAAGGCUGCAGAGGAAGAAGCUGCCAAACAGAAGGCUGCAGAGGAAGAAGCUGCCAGACGGAAGGCUGCGGAGGAAGAAGUUGCCAGACGGAAGGCUGCGGAGGAAGAAGCUGCCAGACGGAAGGCGGCGGAGGAAGAAGCUGCCAGACGGAAGGCUGCAGAGGAAGAAGCUGCCAAACAGAAGGCUGCAGAGGAAGAAGCUGCCAGACGGAAGGCUGCGGAGGAAGAAGCUGCCAGACGGAAGGCGGCGGAGGAAGAAGCUGCCAGACGGAAGGCUGCAGAGGAAGAAGCUGCCAAACAGAAGGCUGCAGAGGAAGAAGCUGCCAAACAGAAGGCUGCAGAGGAAGAAGCUGCCAAACGGAAGGCUGCAGAGGAAGAAGCUGCCAAACAGAAGGCUGCGGAGGAAGAAGCUGCCAGACGGAAGGCUGCGGAGGAAGAAGCUGCCAGACGGAAGGCUGCAGAGGAAGAAGCUGCCAGACGGAAGGCUGCGGAGGAAGAAGCUGCCAAACGGAAGGCUGCGGAGGAAGAAGCUGCCAAACAGAAGGCUGCAGAAGAAGAAGAGGCUUCUCUUAGUCGUGAGCGCGAGCUUGUACGGAGUGCGACCGCCCAUUGUAUCAGCGGUUUUGCAGAUCAUUUUCUGUCAGAGUGCAUUGUGAGCGCUGCUGGUACCUUCCGCACUGAGCUGGAUAGACGAGUGGCGGAGGAAGAAGCUGCCAGACAGAAGGCUGCGGAGGAAGAAGCUGCCAGACAGAAGGCUGCGGAGGAAGAAGCUGCCAGAUGGAAGGCUGCGGAGGAAGAAGCCGCCAAACAGAAGGCUGCGGAGGAAGAAGCUGCCAGACGGAAGGCUGCGGAGGAAGAAGCUGCCAGACGGAAGGCUGCAGAGGAAGAAGCUGCCAGACGGAAGGCUGCGGAGGAAGAAGCUGCCAAACGGAAGGCUGCGGAGGAAGAAGCUGCCAAACAGAAGGCUGCAGAAGAAGAAGCCGCCAGACGGAAGGCUGCAGAGGAAGAAGCUGCCAAACAGAAGGCUGCAGAAGAAGAAGCCGCCAGACGGAAGGCUGCAGAGGAAGAAGAGGCUUCUCUUAGUCGUGAGCGCGAGCUUGUACGGAGUGCGACCGCCCAUUGUAUCAGCGGUUUUGCAGAUCAUUUUCUGUCAGAGUGCAUUGUGAGCGCUGCUGGUACCUUCCGCACUGAGCUGGAUAGACGAGUGGCGGAGGAAGAAGCUGCCAGACGGAAGGCUGCAGAGGAAGAAGCUUCCAAACAGAAGGCUGCGGAGGAAGAAGCCGCCAGACGGAAGGCUGCAGAGGAAGAAGCCGCCAAACAGAAGGCUGCGGAGGAAGAAGCUGCCAGACGGAAGGCUGCAGAGGAAGAAGCUGCCAGACGGAAGGCUGCGGAGGAAGAAGCUGCCAAACAGAAGGCUGCAGAGGAAGAAGCUUCCAAACAGAAGGCUGCGGAGGAAGAAGCUGCCAAACAGAAGGCUGCAGAGGAAGAAGAGGCUUCUCUUAGUCGUGAGCGCGAGCUUGUACGGAGUGCGACCGCCCAUUGUAUCAGCGGUUUUGCAGAUCAUUUUCUGUCAGAGUGCAUUGUGAGCGCUGCUGGUACCUUCCGCACUGAGCCGGAUAGACGAGUGGCGGAGGAAGAAGCUGCCAGACGGAAGGCUGCAGAGGAAGACGCUGCCAAACAGAAGGCUGCAGAGGAAGAAGCUGCCAGACGGAAGGCUGCAGAGGAAGAAGCUGCCAGACGGAAGGCUGCAGAGGAAGAAGCUGCCAGACGGAAGGCUGAGGAGUUUAUUGAGACAUCAAGGAAUAAUGAAGUUAGGGCUGUUUCUGGAAGUGUAGAAAGUGUCUUUUUGCAGAAUAAGUUGGAUGAAAGAUUUCCCCGAAUGGUGAAGGAGGAUGAGUUAUCGCGUUUUCAGGAGUGUGUUUUUAAUGUAUGUGAGGCAUUGCUAAUGGAAUGGCUUGUUCAGGCUGCUGAUUUGGUGAAUAACGAGGGCGGUAGUGCUAUUACCACGGUCACUUUGGAUGCCAUUGAGAGGAAUUGUCCACCCGAUAUCAAGGCUCACGACUCCGAUAGAAGCGAUUCUUUGGGUGUAUUGGGUGGAAAGUCUUCAAAAGCUAGCCCGUUACAGGCGAGGGAUAAUAGCGCUGUAGAGAGCGUGCAAUAUGGUGAAACUGUAGAAAAUACGGCAGGUGAUUCUCUACUUGUCUCGGUGGACCCCACGCCGGCUUUACAUAAAGAGGAUGCGCAAAGUGUUGUCACGGUUCCCAUCUCUGCUGCAGUUGUUAAAGCCGAUAUCAUCCGUAAGCAACUGUUAUCAGGCGAUCAGGUCAACAUUGCUUUGGGUCCUGCUGUUACGGGCGAGGUUUGGUCGUGCCCCACUCCCGGUGUCAAAAAGGGUGGAGGCAGCAACGCCGCGAUGACGGAGGCGGUGACAGUGUACAUAGUCGAGCAAGCGGGUGUGGCUGUAGAGGCGAUUGGUGAUGCUGGUGAUUUAUCGUACGCAACGGUAGAAGCAACGCUUUGGCGUGGUCUUAUUGGGGCGACCUCCGCCGCCGUUGCGUCGACAGGUGAAGUGACUGAAGAGUGGCGUGCCGGUCUUAGGGCGUUGGCGGAGCGCAUUGCCUCGGACUACGUCUAUUUUGCGUCGAAGCAAAAAUUGCGGAAGCUAGAUGAGUAUCUUUGGCACGCUGAGGCGUUUCUUACACCGGAAGAAAUCACAGCGCGCUCCAUCGCCGCCGUCACCCCGCGGCGCUUUUUCAAUGGACUGCAGCGAAGCGAUGUGCGGUUCCUGAUACAUCACUAUGUGGAACUCGCCCGCAAAGGGACGCUCAACGAGGACAUUUACACAGAGGCAAGAUUGCGCGAAAAUCUUUUUGAACGGCAGCACGAUGAUGUCGCUUCACCCUUGCUUUCACAGCAAACCAGCGGCACAACGACGAAAAAAAACAAUGCUAGUGGUCGAACUAUUCUUGCCGUUAACCGACGCCGUGCCGGGCUAACGCAGUUGGUGCUUGGGCAUGCCCUGGAAAACCUUUUGGAGGAAACGGUUGCAGAGACCAGUAAGUGGAUUGCGUCUCUUGUGGCAAAUUAG